AUGAUGAGCAGCGGGAACCAACACGAAAAGGUUCAAUUGCAGCAGGGAGGCAAUACCCGUGGUCGCUUCUGUUCGGUAACGAUAGUGGGAUCGGGUGUGUCCACGGGUGUCCCCGUCAUUGGUCAUCUGUCUUCUGAUUGCGCCUGCGCUGAGGCCUUCCGCGAUCCACAGGGUCCUGACAGAAGGAACAAUGUCAGCCUCCUCAUAACAGUAAGGGACGCCGAAUGCACUGGUAGUGAUAGUGAAGAUGACAGGAACGCGAAGCACGUACUUAUCGACUGCGGCAAAACAUUUCGUGAUGCCUACUUUCGUGUUCUUGCCAAACACAAGGUACGCUAUCUUGACGGGUUGCUACUGACGCAUGACCAUGCGGACGCAGCUGGCGGGGUGGAUGACCUUCGUGACCUGCAGCGUGUGACCGUGGACGAUGUAAGUAAGUGCUGCACGAUUGAACAGUACAUAUCAACUUACGCUUCCGAAAAAACCAUCGAGUCGCUUCGCCAACAAUUUGGAUAUAUUGUGCGAAACAGCUGGUUGAUGGGACCAGCACCGAGCACUGCCGAGGAGCAUGAGCUAGUUGUGAAGCGCAUGAGGGAGGAUCGUGAGCGGGAAGGGCAGACAGACAACAUAGGUUAUCGACGGAGUGCUGCACUACACCUUUACACACUGCCUGACACGUACCCAUCAUCCUUUUACAUCCCCGGGUUCGGUGAGAAUUUUCCCAUGUAUGCCUUACCGGUGGAGCACGGAAAAGGAUACAUGUCACUUGGUUUUGUAUUUGGUCGUGGUGUUGCGCUUCGUAGCACCGGUGCCAGCAGUUGCAACGGAUACUCCUGUGUUGUGUAUCUUUCGGAUGUAAGCGAAAUACCACCAAAUGCCAUGUCCUUUCUCCGCGAUCUAGUGAAAAUCGAUGUCCUUUUUGUCGAUAUGUUAUAUGGCCCAGAAGUGAGUCACCCUUCGCACUACUGUAUGGACGAUACACUGCAACUGGUUUGCGAACUGCAGCCUGCACGCACUUACGCCAUCGGCAUGUAUUGUGAUAUAAAACACGCAGCGGGCAACCGCUUGCUAAAGGAGAGGUUGGAAGAACUACGGGGGGCGGGUAAAUGCGGUGAUGGCGUAAUAACUGUGGAGUUGGGCUACGAUGGAAUGACUAUGGCACUUCCUCUGUCGUGA